AUGUCUUUCAAACAACCAGCCAUCAAGAAAGCGAUUCCAAAGUUCGUAUUGCUGAUGCGGACCACCAUCAGAGCAUAUGGUGAAAUUGCGCGUUUCCAAGCUGAAAAUGAGAAACGCAUAGAUAUUGAGAAUCGUAACAAACCAGGCGAGUGUGAUUACGUUCAAAAAAGAUGGUUUGGCAUGCGUCUCGAUUUCCUCGGUAUAAUCCUCACUUUCAUCGUCGCCUUAAUUGCUGUGACUACGCAGUUCAGCAUUUCUCCCGCCCAGACUGGCGUGAUAUUAUCUUUCGUUCUGUCAGUUAAUCAAUGUCACUUGACCGCGAAUGUAGAGAACAACAUGAACACGGUGGAGCGUAUCGUAUACUAUGCUAACCAAGAAGAGCAGGAGUCUCCCCAUCAGCUCGAUGAUGGUGUACUGCCUGCUUCAUGGCCUUCGGAAGGCCAAGUGGAAUUGAAGGAUGUGGUUUUGAAGUACCGUCCUGAACUUCCUCCUGUUCUAAAGGGUCUGUCAAUCUCGAUAAAACCUAGAGAGAAGGUAGGGAUUGUUGGCCGCACUGGUGCUGGAAAAUCGUCAAUCAUGACAGCCCUUUUCCGUAUUGUGGAAUUAAUAUCUGGUUCUAUAGCAAUUGACGGUGUUGAUAUAUCCACUGUGGGUCUGACAAAAUUGAGGAGUGGGCUUUCUAUCAUUCCUCAGGAAGCUUAUUUAGUUUCUGGUACAUUGGGGUCGAACUUAGACCCUUUUGAGUUGUACGAUGACGCCCAGCUCUGGGAUGCAUUGAAGCGAUCACAUCUCGUCGAACAGUCGAAGGAAUCACAGUCUGAAAAUGUACACGACGAAAAGACUCCAGAAGCUCGAUUCACUCUAGACAGCCACAUAGACGAGGACGGUAGCAAUCUUUCGGCCGGAGAGCGAUCCUUAGUGUCAUUAGCACAGGCUUUAGUCAACGAUACGAAAGUGCUCAUUCUAGACGAAGCAACGGAUCGUCUACGUACUAUCAUCUCGUACGACAGAAUCUGCGUGCUCGAUGGCGGCCGCGUCGUUGAAUUCGACACGCCUAGUACACUCUAUUCUACGCCCAACAGCAUUUUCAGAGAAAUGUGCGAUCAUUCAUCCAUCUCUUUGGAGGAUAUUCUUUCCGAGUCUAAAAAGAAGGAAACAGAGUGAACAGUCCUAGGAGCCUAUUGAAGAAGAAUACUUAUAAGAUAUUGCCCCAUAGAGACCAUGUUUUGAAUCAAAAGAUCACCUCUCACUUCUUUGUUUCUUGUCAUAAAA